AUGGAAAUGGAAGAAAAAUAUGCAAAAAUCAAGGAUUUUGAAGCAGAGAAAAAGAGUCAGGAUGAAAUGAGCAAGGCUGAGCUUUUGGAAGCACUUUGCCAUUCUCAAACACGAGCAAGGGAAGCUGAAAAAGUUGCACAAAAAGAAAACAAUGAAAAAGAAGACAUGAUCAAUCAGUUUAUGAAGCAAGCUUCACAGCUAUUUGCUUACAAGCAAUGGUUUCGUAUAUUGCAACUGGAAGCUACUAGGAACAGUAAGUAUCAUCAGCAAAGGGUUUUGUGUUCUGGGUUUUUUUUAUUUUGGAUAUGGUGUUCACGAUUUUUGGAGUGGCAUUGA